AUGAACGGGAACGAACUGACAGAACUCAAGAGCAAGACGGACUCGCAGGGCUCAAAGCAGGGCACGGUCCACCGCAGAACGUCCACGUCGAUGCCACACAGCAGCGUCGCUCCUUUGAGUGACUCCGCAAACAUCCUGCCGGUGGUUCCUGAGUCGCUGCCCACGACACCUGGGUAUGAGCUGAACACCAACUCGUACUUUGACGGCGCAGGCACGAAUUCGUACUUUGACCUGGCCUCCACCAAGAGUCUUGUUGCUGCGCGUCCUCCGAUCCCGCCCGCACAGCAGCCCCUCUCGACGUCUGUUGAGUCUGGUAGGUUGGGGGGCGCCAGCCACAAAGUGGAGGGCGGGAUGACGCUGGACAACCCGCCACGCAACAAGUGGCGUGUGAUCUCGGUGGUGCUGUGGUCUGUGUCUGCUGGGCUCUCCGACGCAGCACCAGGAGCUCUGCUGCCCACCAUCGAGAAGUACUACAACAUCAGUUACGCGGUGGUGUCGCUGAUCUGGCUGGCCAACGCCAUCGGGUUUAUCAUCAUCGCGCUGAUCUGCCCCAAGAUGGAGCCCCUGCUGGGCAAGCGCAAGAUGACGUCGGGCGGGUGUCUGGCGCUGGUGGUCAUGUACGCGCUGGUGAGCCCGGGCUACAAGUUCCCGCUCGUCGUGGUGGGCUUCUUUUUCGGCGGUCUCGGGCUCGCUACGUGCCUGUCUCAGCAGAAUAUCUUCCUGUCCAAGUUUGAGAGGUCUUCCAAGUAUCUGGGUUAUUUCCACGGUGGCUACGGGCUGGGCGCGUGUGUGGGCCCCUUGAUCGCCACGGGAAUGAUCGACAGCGGCGUGAGAUGGCAUCUGUUCUACCUCAUCCUGCUUGGCAUGUCCAUGUUCAAUUUCUGGAACAUGUGGUUUGCGUUCAAAGGUGCUGACGACGAUUUGAAACCAUGGGAUAACUGGGAGCCAAAAGCGCACACGCCAACCUCGGAGAACCCGGGCGAGGACGACGGCAAAUACACAAUGUUGGAGGAGACGCUCGGGUUCACAGAGACGCUGCGGCAUCAGGAGGGGCCUCAGGAGCCAAAGGAGGAGAGCGUGCUCAAGGUCUCGCUCAAAAGCCCACGCACGUGGCUGUUGGCGUUCUUCGUGCUGUUCUACCAGGGCGCAGAGGUCUCGAUGGGGGGCUGGGUGGUUACGUUCCUGGAAGUGUACCGCGGAGGCGAAGCCUCGAGCACUGGUUAUGUCUCGUCCGGAUUUUGGGGCGGUCUCACGAUCGGCCGGUUAUUUCUCACCACCAACAUCCACAAGUUUCUCGGCGCAAAGCGCGGUGUCACCAUCAUGAUCAUAGGCGCCAUCGUCACAACGCUGCUCGGCUGGGUCAUCCCGAUCCUCAUCGUCGAGGCCGUGGCUGUGUCGUUUGCGGGCAUCUUCAUUGGCCCAAUCUACCCGCUCAUGAUCACCAUUGCGGUGCGCAUCCUGCCACGGAAAAUCCAGGUUAUAUCGCUCACCAUCAUGACCGCUUUCGGCUCCUCGGGCGGCGCCCUGUUCCCCUUCAUGGUGGGACUCGUGUCCCAGUACGCGGGCGCUUUUGUCUGCAUGCCAUUUGUCAUCGGACUGCUCGCUUGCACUUGUAUCAUAUGGUUUCUGCUGCCAAACCCGGACAGACCAAGAGUCACCAACUUUCUACAAAGAGUCUGGUAA